UGUGUCGCUGAUAUGAUGAAGCGACAUCGGCUACCUCAUACACUCAAUCAAGCAGAAUGUUUACGAGAGCGCAAGUCAAAGCUGGAGAGCAUAGGUUGUCACCUGUUACUUGUCGAAUCUUGCGUCUGCGCAGUCGUUCCGUAGGGCAAGUCGCGUCGCCGCCCCACAUUCCAAUUGACGGCGCGGAACAGAAAGUACGUUGACGCGAAAAGUGUGCGCAUAAGCCCCUUCGCGACAUGAGUGACGCGGAAAUUCUGGCUCUGACGGCCAACCUAGGGGAGUCGCGUUACGGAAGCUUAAAUCAGUUUAACGUUGAGCGACAGAUCGGCAAAGGACAAUUUAGCGUCGUUUAUAGAGCACGUAGCAAAGUGGACGGAUCAGUCGUUGCCUUGAAAAAAGUGCAAAUCUUCGAGAUGAUGGACGCAAAGGCUCGCCUUGAUUGUAUGAAAGAAAUCAAACUGUUGCAGCAAUUGGACCAUCCAAAUAUCAUCAAAUAUCUGGGAUCUUUUAUUGAAGACAAUGAGCUCAACAUUGUUCUAGAGCUUGCAGAUGCUGGGGAUCUUUCACGCAUGAUAAAACAUUUCCGUAAACACAGACGCCUCAUACCUGAAAGGACUAUAUGGAAAUAUUUUGUUCAGUUGUGUAGUGCUGUUGAGCAUAUGCACUCAAAACGCAUAAUGCACAGGGAUAUUAAACCAGCAAAUGUUUUCAUGACAUCACAAGGUGUUGUAAAACUUGGUGACUUGGGCCUCAGUAGAUUUUUCAGUUCCAAAACAACAGCAGCUCAUUCACUUGUUGGUACUCCUUAUUAUAUGAGUCCAGAAAGAAUGUAUGAACAAGGAUACAACUUUAAAAGUGAUAUUUGGUCCAUGGGAUGCCUCCUUUAUGAGCUGGCAGCCCUACAGUCACCAUUCUAUGGUGAAAAAAUGAAUCUCUAUACCUUGUGCAAAAAAAUUGAGAAAUGCUGUGUCCCACCUAUACCAUCUGACAUUUACUCGUUACAGCUGCGUGAACUUGUGGCUGUUUGUAUCAGACCUGAUCCUGAUGAACGGCCAGAUAUACAACAUGUUAAAAAUAUAGCUGAACAAAUGCAUUCUCAGCUGCAGGCAGCUGCAAGUGGAUAUUCAUCAGACCAACAGAAUUUAGCUUCCUGGCAAUGUUCAAGACCUUCAUCUUCUGACCAGUGACUGGUAAGGUACUGAGAAACAAGAGAUGUACUUGGUUUUCCAGUAUUCUUCCCGUACCAAAGAAUAGAGGAACAUUUAAUUAUGGAGCUGUUUUAAUUAUUAUUGUUUUACAAAUUUAAAAACUGUCACAAUGUAUUCUUUUAAGAUAACUAGAUUCUCAUUUAUUAUUGACUGAAGUUAGAACAUAUCUGUACUGCAGUGAAGAGUCAAAUUUUAAAAAACUGGAUUAGUAUUCUCAUCAGAAUACCAUAUGAAAGAUAGUGGACUGUGUAUGCAAUUUUAACCCGAUCUCCCUACUUUGUAGAAAAUUUAAAGAGUAAUAUUCUGUGUUUUGUACUUUUUUGCAUACCAUUAAUUCUUUCUGUUAAAUAUGUCAUACAAGAUGUGACACAGUUCUGUGAUUUUUUAAUUCAGUUUUAUACAAGACAUUUAGUGUCAGCAAAACUAUAUUGAAGCAUGCAGUUUUAAUUAUUAUGGGAAUAAUGUGCGAUAAAAUAUCAUGAAAAUUUUGUGAUGCAGUAUCUUGAUGGAAUUUGCAUGUUAUAGCAUGAGUUAUAGAAUUGUAAUAUUCUUUUAAAAGUGUUUUAACAUUAAAUGAAAACUUGUUCACAAACCUCCCCUUUUGUAUGUCACGAAACUGGAAAAAUAAAUAUCACAAUCAGUUCUUAGACAAUUAAAUUUGACUGCUGUUCAUGUUUCCUUAAGUGAAUUGGCAUUUCUGCUCAUUAAUUUGCAUAAUACUCUUAAUGUUUGUGUCAGUGAGAUUGCACAUAGCAUGUUACUAAUGAAAAAGCUGACUAAGCAAAAUGUCCUCUGAAAGAAUGAUUUUUGUUAACUGUGAAAAUUCUUAACCAUGAACAAUAAUAACAGAAAAAGAGCUUAUAGCGUUAAUGUUAUUAACUAUUAUUUUUAAAUUUAUCUUUCUGAUAAAUGGAACUCAAGAAGUAUAAUAUUCUGGUGUGUUCACAGUUCUCCAUACUCCAUUCUUAUACCAUUGAUCUGAAAGUUGAUUGUAGAAUAAGGCAUCUAAACUUUUCUCAUGACAACACUACGUUAUUACAUGUAUUUAUUGAUAAUGUACAUUGACAAAUACAUUGUGUGACAAGAUAAAACAAUGUAAA